CCUGCUGCAGACAGCCUCGAGUGCGAGGGCCGGAGUUUGCUGAAGAGUUUUGUCACCAGCGCAGCUCUGCGGGGCGAGGAUGUCCACGUGUUUACCUUUGAACUCUCGGAGACGGAGUUCAGCAUUGGACUAGACGAUGGAGUCAGGACGAGGUUGCACUUUCACGAUGGUUUCAGUGACCCCCUGGAGUGGGAGCGGACUGGGACGUUUGCCAUUCGGAGCCUCAGCGCCCAGGAGCUGAUCGGCCGUGUAGGUGCGGUACAGCGAACCUCCCAGCGGCCCUGCACCGUCGUCCUGGAUUCCCUCAGCUCGAUCCUGCAGCACAAACCCAUCGACUUCCUCUGCCGGACUCUCCAGGGAUUUCAGCGCGGAGCGGUCAGAGAAGGACUGACGGUUAGGAGACUGCUGGCGUUACUGCAUGCCGACCUACACCAGCCGGAGCUGCCGGAGGCCCUGGCACAACUGGGCACCACCGUCAUCACCGUAACUCCUUCCCCCGAGGGCACCUGGUCGCGAGAGAGCUCCCUGACCCCCAACGUCGCCAGCAUCGUCCACAAGCGGAAAUCUGGAAAGGUCCUUCAGCAGGUGGAGCCUGACCCUGCGGCCAAUUUGCCUUUUAACCUGCGGCUGACGGAGGAGGAACGUGAGGCACGGAAGCAGGUCCCCCUGCCCUAUCACUUCAGCACAGAGAAAAAGAUGUCGCUGUUACAUGGAGGACCUGGUGACAGCAGGAUAUAUUACCAACCGGACGACGCUGAUGACGUGGAUGAGGAGGAUCCCGACGAUGAUCUGGAUUUCUAGGAGAGAGGCAGCACGAGGGGACCCAGAUCACUGUCCUGUCCCCAAGACUCACUGGGGUACGGGCUCCCACACACACUGACUCUCACUGGGGUUACAGUCCCCCACACACACUGACUCUCACUGGGUUACAGUCCCCCACACACACUGACUC